AUGACUUCGAUAGAAAUGCGAUACGAAGGAAAGUACACGAUUUUUUUUCGUAACGAAUUACCAACAAUGAACAAAGUGCUUACAGUCGUGAACGAAGAUGCAGAUCUGAGAAAAUUUCGGAGAGCUACAUUUUAUAAGUUAUUGAGAGAAAUGAAUUUCAAAUAUGUCCGGCGUGGGGGCGAUAGCUUGCUAAUAGACAGGGAUGACAUCAUUUUAUGGAGACGGCGUAAUCUUCGAGCCAUUAAACGGUUGAGAGAUGAAGGCAGACCCAUUUACUAUUUGGAAGAGACGUGGGUGAACGCACGACAUACCCGAAGUUACGUCUGGGUAGAUGACACUAUAAAUUCCUCAAAACAAGCGUUUCUGUCCGGAUUAUCCACCGGAAGCAAGGAACCAUCAGGUAAAGGGAAACGUCUGAUUAUCGCAUACAUUGGCAGCAAACCAGGGUUCGCUGAAGGAUGUUAG